AUGGACGUUUCAGGCGUAAAAUCAGACAAACUAUCGGAAUCUCAUGGGAUAGUACAGAAUGUACUUGGCAUAACCAUUAAAAGGAGCGAGAAACGGGCUCUACAAGGGCCGCAAGACGCUGUUCCACAGAAGCUGUACAUUGGACAUCUUUACGGAAGAUUGACAGGAUUUAAGCAGGAUGAUGUCAAGUAUUUAAGUCUACAGGAUGUAGAUGACGUGGUACGCGCGAUGAUUUACGUGUGUAUACUCCACAACCGGAAUGUUCUGGUCACCCUGAACGAGUCGUACACGCGCGCUCUGGAAGCUCUGGGGAAGGGCACAUCGAAACUCUCUCUAAACCACAUGUCUGUUAACGAGUUGACGGAGCUUCUGGAGGCGAUACAGAACGCGCUGGUCUACAAUGGCUCCCUACUGAUUGUCUGUCCGGACUAUUUUACCCUCACAGAUAUACUGGAAAAGGAUGAGAUUAAAAGGGCGUAUCUGGAUCUCUCUACCCCAAAGGCGAGAUCAGACGUAUUUAUCGAUUUUGCGCUCUCUGCAGGAAAUGGAUGUUAUCUGGGAAAGCUCGUAGAACAUAUAUGGAAUAGUGACGAAGAGGUGGCAACUGCUGAAUUUACAAGCGUAUUUGACACUCUCAGGCUAAGAAUGUCGCUAAAGGGUAUAAAGGCAACUCAUUCUGGCGAGAUAAAGGCGCUUGUCCACAUGCUCUCCUUCAAGCCACUCGUAAAACUAUUCAUUGAGGAUAUUGAAAGAGUGGAACUUGAAUCGUCAUUGCAGAAGGAUUGUGGAGCAAAGAGAGAACUUUUGUCUAUAAUCGGUCAGUUGCUAAAUGCUUCAUCCCUGAAUGAGGAAAGCUUAGAGGUAUCAAAGCUAAUUGGCCUAAACAAGACAUUUUAUGAAGGUUUACAACCAGAAAGAAUUGACUUUCAUGGAAAGAGAGAUUUGAAUAUUGUAAAAAUGUUAAUUGCAACAAAGAGGUCGGAUUAUGAAAGAUCAGUAAAUGAUGUUUUGCAGCUGGCCAAGUUGGUACUAAAGGCUGAUGCAAAACUCAGAUCAAAGUUUCUAUCAUUAUUUGGACGGUUUGCCUCAUUCAACACUACUAGAAGGAAGGUACUGCGCUUGACACAUAUUGACAGCGGUCCAAUGACACUAGACCCGCUAUAUUACAGGCGUAUGGCUUUGUCUCAAGACAAUACAUUUGGAUUCUCCAUUAAUUUGGCAUGGUUACUCCUACUCUUAUCGCAAGGGAUAACGUUCCCAAAGGCUGAGGAAAUUGAUGUAGCCUUUUGUCAAGUAUCUAAUAUGGCAAAGGCAAAAACCAAUAGCCUAGACAGUGAAAUGGAUGAGGAAAAAGUGCAACAACUAAAAUCUGUAGAUGAGGAAAUUAACCACAUGCUUAGUUUUUUGGUAAAUACUCCAUCGUGCAUGGGUGAUGAAAAUCAGGUUGUGGAGGCAAUUAAAAAACUGGAUACAAAUGCCCUCAAGUGUUAUGAUGGAAAGUUUAUAACGCAAAUUUUCUGGUUGACAUUAAAAGGAUUAAUCAUGUUAUUUCUACCAGCCUUGCAAGAAAAUUUAAAAAUCCUGACACAUACCCUAAACUAUGCAAAUAACACUCAAAAUUUGAGUCCAAAUGAUGAAAAGCUAGCAGAGUAUAUUUCCCAUGUCUACGCGUGGAGAACAAUGAUACAGCACCCUUGUCUCAUAAAAGCGUUGUGGCAUUUUAUAAAUCUAUCUCUGCGGGUCUUUCUGAGAUGUGCUUUAUUUUAUAAGGCUGAUGGUUCCGUAAAUACAGAAUACAGAGAUGCGUUUAAUGCCUCUAAAAUGCGGUACAGUGUACUAGUUGAAAAGUAUUGUGAGAGUGUCUCUGGUGACUCGUGCGAUGAAGAACAGCCUCCACAAUUCACUGUACUUCCCGUGGAUUUCAUAGAAUGUAUACUAGAUUUGAUUAAAAAUAUCACAUUAUUGAAACAGUAUGAUGCCUAUAUCAAACCUCCAGAUGGAAAUGCACUAGACGGUAUGGACUUUGAGCUUGUUGUCGCUACAUGUGUAUUUCUCAUGAAAUGUUCAAACAAUAUGGUAAAAAACAUUCACAUAAAGUGUGAUUUGGCGUGUUCUACAAUUUUAUUCCUUUCAAAAUAUUCAAAGGAACCUAUGCAUCAGUUUGAGACACUGCCCGUUUCCAAAGCACAUUUAAUGGAUGCUCUCUGUAGAACGUUUAUAGCAUCUCAAAAGGCAAGUUAUAAUACAAGGAUAUCAUCCAGAUUGAACAUUAUUCAAAGCCUUAGUCAAUUCUUCACGAUUUCUUCCUAUAAGAAAAGCUUUGUAACUUGUAUAAUAUCCAAAAGAGAGCUCUUUGUGCAAUUUUUACAUCUUUUGUUAAAUGACACAACGUUCUUGAUAGAGGAAGUUGUAUCAUAUCUAACUGAAAUAAAGAGGAGAGAGGUGGCAGGAAUAUCUCUGGAUGACGCACCAGAGCAGGAAGAACGAGAAGAGGAUGAUAACCAAAAUGAUCAUUAUACACAAGAUGGAUCAAUAGAUGCGAACCAAUUGAAAUCAAUGAGUGGGAGCGAGCUUAAAGGAAGAACAAGGACUUUUGUGGAAUAUGGAUAUGAAAUAUGCUCAUUAUUGCACAUUUUGUGUAACGAAUUCCCUGGGGAAAUUACAAACAGUUCAGUGCUACUGCCCCAAGUCUCAACUUGCCUUGGUUGUUGUUUGGAAAGUCUGGCCGGCCAAAAAUGCCUUCAGCUAAAGGUCAGAAAUAUGGAUGAGUACGGGUUUAAACCAAAGGAGUGGCUAUCAAAGAUAAUGCAGUGUUAUAUCUCUCUAUACGAAUUUAAUAAUGAGGACAAGAGUCCAUUCAUAAAGGCAAUUGUACAAAACGAACGUUACUAUCGACCAGAAGUGUUUAAUAGAUGCAUAAGGUUCUCAACAAGGGAGAUGUUUUUAAACUACAAGGCAAUAAAGUCAUUCAAUGCACUAUCGAACAAACUUUUGGAGUAUGCCAAGAAGACCAGCAUGAUGUACGAUGAAGCAACAAAUGAGGAAAUUCCAGAACAUUAUCUAGAUCCAAUAAUGAUGGAUAUCAUGGAAGAUCCAGUCCUGCUACCAACCAGUGGAAAGAUCAUGGACAGAAAGAAUAUAGAGAGGCAUCUCAUGUCUGAAGCUACGGAUCCAUUCACACGUGCACCUCUAUCUAGAGAAGAUUUGGUGGAACAGGUAGAACUUAGGAAGGAAAUUGAAUCAUUUGUUAAAUCAAUCGGAAACAAGAAUGUGUAG